AUGAUUGGUCAUAAAAGACGUAAGUUAUACUCUACUUGGUGUUUUCAUUUUUAGGUGUGACUGGUCUCGAAUUUAUCGAUAAAGGAGCUGAAGUUCUGUCUCUCGAGCUGAUGGAUCGUUGAAUAAGUGGAACUGUGCGGUUGGAAAGUCCGUUGGGCAGAUUGUUCACGAAUAUUCAGAGCUGAGAAGUCUAAGUUGACAUGAAAAGGAUUAAGUCCGGCUGAUAACUUCCAAUAAAGGCCAAAUCACACUAGUAUCCGCUGAAUUCGAGGAGGUUGUAAGUCAAUGCUUUUUAUUUUGUUCAGGCAUCAAAAAUUUGCUUUAUAUAGUAAUUUAUCUUAUUUUAGGUAUCAUUUGACCAAGAUCAAGGAAUUACUGCGGCUGCUGUCUUUAAUGGCUCGACAUUGACCAUCGAGAUCAAAGUAAGUUUUUUUAAAUGUUUUAUCUUGCUUUAGGGAAGUUCUAUCGAUCGACAAAUAGAGGUAGAGUUCACUAAAUUCAAAUCUAUUGCGAAGGCCUGCUGCUUUCUUUUGGUAAGUGACGUGGCAAUUCCUUUUAUUUAUUAUGACAUAUAAUUUAUAUUACACUUGCUACAAACCUAUCAAUUUCAGCUAAGGGUCAGUCAUUCUUUGCAAGAGGGAGCCGCAAACUCUAAAGCCAGUCUGCCUUUUUACAGAGGCCUAUCUGCAACCCGUUUAUGA